UUGCUUCAAGCGCUAAUUAUUACUCUCCCCUGAAAACAGUUCCAACAUGGCUGAUCUCGACGAGUUGAGAAAAUACCAGCUGGAAUUUCAACGGGUACAGAAUACGGCCGCAAAACAAAAGUUGUCAGAACGCAAUGUUGUUGAACUGGUGAAGAAGUUAGUAGAACUAAAACUUGUGGAUGUUCUUUAUACAUCUGAUGGCAAAGAGUACUUGACAUCUCAGCAUCUUACUAAGGAGAUUCUGGAUGAACUUGCUGUGCAAGGGGGAAGAAUCAAUUUGGUGGACUUGCAGCAGGCUCUAAAUGUUGACCUAAGUCAUAUUGAAUCUAAGGUAAAUGAACUUGUGAAACAUGACAAGAACCUCACCCUUGUGCUAGGGCAGCUGAUAAGCAGCUCAUAUCACGACAAGUUGGCAGAUGAAAUCAAUGAUAGACUCCAUGAGCAAGGGCACGUGACAGUUGCAGAACUAGCUAACCUGUAUGAUCUGCCAGCUGAAUUUGUUCGAGAACUCAUUGAAGAAAAAAUUGGAACAGCCAUCAAAGGACAAGUUGACAUUCAAGAUAAAGAUGUUGUUUUCACAGACAGUUUUGUCUCAAGAAUGACUGCUAGAAUCAGAGGUGGAUUUAGUGCAUUAACAGUGCCAGUUCCAGUGGGUAUCAUUCGCAACAGAACAGGAUGUCAUGAAAGACUCUUUCAUACCAUUUUGGAGGACUUAAUAAAGCAGGGUCGCAUAAAAGGAAGCAUUUCAGGAGGUCACCAGGACAAAUCAGUGUUCUAUCCUGAUAUCUAUACUCGCUCACAGAACCAGUGGGUAGACAGUUUCUAUGCACAGAAUGGUUAUCUUGAGUAUGACUCUUUGGUACGACUAGGUAUCCCAGAUGUGAAAAACUAUGUCAAGAAGAGAUUCAAAAAUGAAAAAUUGCUGUUUCUCAAGUCGUGCUGUGUAGGACCAACUAUUCAAGAUCAGAUAGAGGCCAGCAUUGACGAUGCAUUAUCUAGUGAUUCUUGGGUUGAUAUUGCGGCUGUCUUGCCAUCCUCCUUUGAUUCUAAUGAUAUUGGUAAGCUGUUGACUCAUUGCACACAAGGCCGCCAGGGUGCAUUAGUGUGUGCUAACAGUAUUGUUGCAAGCCAGAAACUCAUCAGUAACAGUGCUAAACUAUUUGGAGAUGUCAUUCAACAAAAGGCAGAGCAGAAUGUGAAGCAGAAUCCAGCUUUGUUGAAGGGUGAUGGUGAUAAGAUUACCGUUUCAAAAGUGAUCUUGGAUGAGAAUGUGGCUCAUGAAGACAAGAAAGAACAACGAAGGAAAAAGGCUGCAGCAGGUAGUAGGAAAGAGGGAACUGGAGGACGUGAGAUCAAAACCAAAUCAACAAAGAAGAAAGGCCGUGGGCGUGACCUUGAAAAUGAUUCAGAUGACGACGUGACAGCAGCUGCUGGAGGUGGUGGUCGUCACCCAGAUCUUGUGUUUAUGGAUCGGAAAGAAAUUGAACAAGUGCUGGAGAGUCAAUCUGAAUUUAAAGAGUGUCCAGAGGAACUGAUUACUGAAAUAGCUUCCCAGCUUUACAGGCCUUUAAACAAGCAGUACCAGGAGGCAGCAAGAUCAAUCUUCCUGCAAGUAUCUGGCUCUGGUACCAGUGCUGAUCGCAAGAAGUCUUUUGGUGAACUGCAGGAGAGAGUGUCUGGUCUGUGGACAAAUGCACGCCUUUUUGAAAAAGGAUCCAAGCUGUUCAAAGAUCCAAAUCAGACCAACCUGGCAAAGCACCUGUUGAAAACAUUGUGCACAGACAUGACCAACAUACUUGUCAGUGCACUGGCAACAGAGCACAUGGUUUCCAUUUCAGAGGACACCCAUCUUUCCACAGAGGCAAGGUUAAAAUUGAUAAACAGUUUACCAAAAGAUGUUCAAGCUCCUCUGAUGAAACUGCACCAAACACUGAAUGGACAGAGCCUUGAGGAGUUCUUCACGACUCUGGAAAAUCUGUGCAGCUCAAGUCAUCUCUCUAUUAUGCUUAAGAAGCCAGACAAGAAGAAGGAAAGACAGCUGGUGUUUGCCCAUCGUCAGACUCUGUCCGACCAGCUGAAGGGAGAGAAUGACCCGGCAAUGGCCAUGCACUUGGCUGUAGUCCUACUGUUUCAGACUUUCACCCAGGCAAUGGUACAUGCACCAGGACGUCUAGUUCCAGCUGUACUUCAGCAUCUUCAGGAAUCUCUGGAUGCUGAGAAGUAUCAGAGCCUUACCCUCUUUCAAGAUCUUGUGGUGCAGAGGGUGCAGGCAGAGGCAAAUGGAGAGCAGCAGAAAGUCCAGGAUCUAAUGCAGGAAUUGGAGACAAUGUUACCAAAGAUCAAGGAAAUUGCCUUGACCACCAAGCGCAGUGUACAGACACACGAAGAUCAGUGACGUGGUGUUUUUAUUCCAUUUGUUGAACCAUGUUUACUUUUUUUUUUUUUCUUUAAACGUGUCAAUAUAAAUGUGAAAGAAAUAUAAAAACUGUAAACAUGUGCUUGGAGUCUUAGCCUUGUAGAAAAGCAGAAAAUAUGACAAGGCUUCACUGCAGAAAGGUGCCAAUUUUCUCUUCAUUCAGGGCGUUUGAUGGAGCUGGCAAUAGGAUAACUGCUGUGUGAUUGGGUUUCUGUAUUCUCAAGAUACUCCACCCAGUGUAUCUCUUUUUAAAAAAAAGAAUUUGUAAAAGAAAUUCUGGUUAUGGGGCAAUAAAUCAUGUGUGUUGCAUGAC